UCUGAAACUGCCCUAAGGGAGAUUUUCUAUAGCCAAGCUAGAGAUUUAAGGCAUGCGCAUGUUUAACCCAGACAAACUCAUCUACCUCCCCUGGCAUUUUUCUAAUACAAUUCUGUAACCUGACCAGAAAGACUCUCCCAGGCAACCACAAAAAAAACAUUAACAAGCUGCUUUCAAAAGAAUCUCAUUCGCUUUUUUUAUGCCUAGUGUGUAACAUUCCUACAUCGAAAGUCUCUUUUUUUUACAGAUGGCAACUGCAAUGGAAUAAUAAUCUUGACUGUUCAACCACUGACACAUAUAAGAUUUUUUACUAUGGCAAUCUCACCACCAAUUGCAUGGCAGUGGAUGGAGUUGCACGAUUCUGUUUCUCUGUAUGCGGUGAGGAGGCCCGUCAGUCUGAAACAGUGGCAGCUGCACAGAUGUCCUCACUUGCAGCCUCAGCUCCUCCACACCCCUGCUAAUGAGGGGAGGCUACACAGAGCUGCAUGGAGUGGCUCUCUGGAACAAGUUAAAGCUUUGCUGAACUUCGGAAUUCCUGUGGAUUGCCAGGACAGCCAGGGUUGGACACCUCUUCACCAUGCUUCAUUCUGUGGACAUCAGCCACUGGUCAAGUUUCUUCUUCACAGAGGCACAGACAUCAAUAGCAGGGACUUCUUUAAUUGCACCCCACUGCACAGAGCUACCUGGAACGGGCAGGCUCAAACAGCUGAGUACCUUCUUCAACAGGGAGCUUCCCAAGCCAUAAGGACAUGCUCUGGGCAGACACCCUUACAUUUAGCUGCAGCCAAUGGGCAUGGUAAUGUUGCUCAGACUUUAUUAGAGCACAAAGCGCAGGUUGACUGUAAGGACAUUAACAGGUGGAGCCCACUGCACUGGGCCGUCUUCAAUGGCAACCUAGACAUAAUAGAUCUGUUGCUGAGCAAUGGUGGAGAAGUAAAUGAGAAGAACAAAAAUGGAAUGACCCCUCUGCAGCUAGCAGUGUUGGCUGAAAGUCACAAGACUGUUGAGCAUCUGCUUCGGAAAGGCGCUGAUCUCAAUGCCAAGUGUGAGAACGGUCGCAGUGCUUUACAUCUGAGUGCUGUCACUGGAAAUAAAAAGAAGGAAAGAAAGAGGAUCAUGCAGCUGCUGCUUGAAAGAGGUGCCACAGUUGAUGCCGCAGACAAAGAUCUUGUCACCCCACUGCACCUAGCUGCAGGAUGUGGUUCAUGCAUUGCGGUGCACCUGCUGAUGCAGUAUGGGGGCUCAGUGGGCUCCACGGAUCUGCUGGAGAUGACUCCUCUGCACUAUUCCGCCUUAAAUGGCUUUGCUGAAACUGCGAAAAUCCUCCUUUGUUACGGAGCGGAUAAGAAUGCUAAAGAGAGACUAGGGAAAACUUCCUUGCACCUUGCCUCAGAGAAAGACCACGUUCAAGUCCUGAUAGUGUUACUGAAGAGUGGGGCUGAUGCAUCGCUUCAGAGCAAGUGGAAGGAAACAGCUGCUGAUAUUGCUGUACAAAAACAACACACAAAUGCACUACGCCUCAUUCAGGCAGCUACAAGACAGCAAACGCACCCUUAGGGCAUACACUGCAUAUUGAAUAGCACUCGCCAUAUCACUGGGACAGUUUUGUACUUCAUUAAUUAUUCGUAUUUAUUAAAAAUAUUGUGUUUUUUUUUAGAAGAUUAAUAUUAGGUGGCUUGGUAUCUAUUAUGAGAAUAUUUUAAAAAAUGGUA